AUGGCAGCCCUGUCAGGCAACCAGAUAAAGGCAGUCCUGUACAUUCUGCUCAACAUAGUCUCGGGAACAGGCAUCGUGUUCGCCAACAAGAUCGUGCUCAGCGUCUACAAGUUCCACUUCGUCUAUGCACUUACUCUCAUCCACACUACAGCCACAAUGGUGGGCAUGUGGUCUUUUGCGGGGAUUGGCCUGUACCAAAGAAAGGCUUUGAGAGCUGGACAGAUCCUGCCGUUGGCAGCGGCCUUUGUGGGGUACAUAGUGUUCUGGAACUUGAGCCUGCAGAUGAACUCUGUUGGCUUUUACCAGCUGUCCAAGAUCCUCAUCGCCCCUGCAAUCAUCAUCAUCGAGGCUAUCUGGUACUCCAAGCUCCCUUCACGCUUAGAGCUGGCGGCAGUGGCGCUUCUGUGCAUCGGGGUCACUCUGGCGACUGUUUCUGACGCGGAGGUGACGGCCAAUCUACCAGGGAUGCUGAUGUCCGGGCUGGCCAUCUGGACAACCUCCAUCUACCAGAUCUGGGCCGGCAGCAAGCAGAAGGAGUACCAGGUGUCCAGCAUGCAGCUGAUGGACAACUACUGUCCCUACGCAGCGGGGCUGCUGUGCGUGCUGGUGCCCAUAUUCGAGCCGCUCGGCUUCAAGGGCCCGGUCACACCCAGCCAGACAGACACUUUGCUGAACUACAAGUACACUCCCGUCAUUGUGGGAGCCAUCCUGCUGACAGCUGUGCUGGGCCUGCUUGUCAGCCUGUCCACCUUUCUUGUCAUCGGCGCCACAUCAUCUCUCACCUACAAUGUGAUGGGCCAUCUGAAGACGGUGAUAAUCCUGGCGGGCGGCUUUGUGCUGUUCGACGAGGCCAUGCCCCCCAAGAAGCUGGUGGGCGUGCUGUGCGCGCUUUGCGGCAUAAUCUGGUACUCCGCCUUGAAGAUGCAGCAGCAGAAGCCCAGCCCGGCCGGCGCCGUCUCUGGCAGCAAGGCCGUGGCCGGCAGGAGCCCCCCACCCAAGGGCUCUGAGGCCGAGCCGCUUAUCGCCAGCAGUGCCGAUAAGAGCAGCGUGUAA